AUGAUCUGUCUGGGGAUAAGGUUUUCCUUGAAAAGGCUCAGGAUAUUGCGGAUAGGCUACUGCCUACAUAGGACACACCUUCUAGCAUUCCUUAUAACGUUAUUAGCUUGGCUCACGGGAAUCCGCAUAAUCCCGGAUGGACUGGUUGAUAGUAUUUUAGCUGAUUCUGGUAUAGAGCAGCUGGAGUUUAUUGCUCUUUCUCAAAGGACUGGAAACCCAAAGUAUCGGCAGAAGGUGUGGAUACAAGGAAACAAAACUGCUUCUGUAAAUCAUUACAGAGAAAUGUGGGAGACAUCAAUGAAAGGUCUUUCAAGCUUGGUUAAGAGAACUACCCCUUCAUCCUUUGCAUAUAUCUGUGAAAAGAUUGGAAAUUCCCUAACUGACAAGAUGGAUGAUUUAGCAUGUUUUGCUCCGGGAAUGUUAGUUCUAGGUUCUUCUGGUUAUGCUUGUGAUGAGUCUCAAAAGUUCUUGUCACUGGCUGAAGAGGUGAAUACAGUCUUUAAGAGAUUCAUAAUUUCAUGUUCUGUAUAGGCCCCCUCAAACAGUUGUCAUCGUGAAACUUUGAUAUAGUGUUGAAUGGAUGCUUAAGAUUGUAGUCUAUUAGA